GCGAGCGGCAGCCGCCGCCACGUGUAUUUUUCAUACGACACUCUGCCGCGGGGAGUAGCGGGGAGUAUCGACUCGACACUAGAACCGUUCAAUCGUUUUCAUACGGUACGGUAGUUCUUAUGCAUGAACUGUCUAUUCCGUGAAGUUUUCCUUAUAAUUUACGCCUUUAGGAUAGUAUGUGGCAUUUGGUUAUUUUGCAGUUGUUAAGUGACAGGGAACAUUUUCAUUGAAUACCGAUCUGUUCAUGAUCUAACCUAAGUUUCCAACUGGGAUGUAAACAACGAUCAUUAACUAUUUGUUUUCGUGUUGUGUGAUCUUUGGAUGACGCUCAAGAAAUCAUGGAAUCUGAAUAUUCUUCACGAGUAUUUUCCGUUAGUGAAAUGAUAAUCGAGGUUGAAGAUGGGCCAGAAAGUACAUUAAAUAGUAGUUUAGAUCCUAAGCGACCGUCCGUUGUCGUACUGUGUCCAAGAAUGUUUUGUCGGAUGGCUCAAAAAAUUGCCAAAACAAGGAUGCUAUUCUCACUAGUAUGAAUGAUGCUGCCAUUGAAGAAGAAGAUUGUGAUAUCAUAUUUGAAGAGUGUACAGUUCCAAUGGACACUGAGAACUCUGGACGAGACGAAAAGGAGGGAAGCGCCACAUCCGACCCACUCAAGCCCAAUAUAAAAUUAAAGAAAACUCAAGUUUCAAAAACCAGCACAUGCAUUAAGGCUGUUGAGCCUGGGAACAUAAGAGCUUCUAAGGAGAAGAAUAAUGUUCAAAAGAGACAAUUGAGUCAGUUUCAAGAAAUGAAGAGAUGAAUAUAAACAUUUCUGAACUAAAUCCUUCUACUCUUCAGGAUGAAGGUGACGCUUCAUUCUCACAUUCCAUCGAGCAGUCUAAAGUCUCAAAGCGAACUAGAAAACCCACUCAGAAAAUGGCUGAGUACAUUUGCAGGCUUUGCGAGCUUAACUCUUACAACCUAAUAAAAAUAUUUAGCGCACAAGGAAAUCAGUUGAAGUUAGCUGACAAGAUUCACUUCCACUUGGCCAUUAAGGUGACACGCACUGAUAAACUGCCUUUGGCCAUAUGUGCCCUAUGUGUUAAUGCUUUAAAUGUCUGCAAUGAUCUUUACCAAAAAAGUCUCAGUGCCGAUAGUAACUUGCGCAAGAUUUUCCUGAAUGAAAAUCAAACCACACUUCAGUCUGUAGAGUCUCUAGAAAAACUACAGCCAAAGACAUUUAGCAAUGCCAUUCCUUCUUCAAGCAAAGAUUCUGACCUAAGUGAAACACAAAUCAUAGAUGCUCCAUUAGUACAAAGUAAUUUGCCUGUUCCUAAAAGUAAGAGUAAAGGGAAUAAGAAAGCUAGCUCUGAAACUAAAGCAGCCGAAAUCCCUGCACAUUCUAAGGAAAAAAUUAAAAAACCUGAGCUGCCAAAAAUAUUAGAUAACAGCGGUGAUUCAGUCGAAGCUGAUGCGGCCACAGUACUUUCUGAAGAUGAAGAAGAAAAUUUAUGGGGCCAGGAUGAUGACGAAAAUAACAGUACAAAAGAGUCUACUUACACAUGUGACUUAUGUCCAGAAGUUUUCGGAAAACGUGCAGAACUCUCCAUACACAGGAAAACUCAUCCCCCUGAGGAAAGGUUAAGAUGCCACUGUGGAAAAGUUAUGCCAAAUGAUGGAAGUUUUCAAACUCAUCAGAAGACGCAUACAUUCACUGCACAUCCAUGCCACAUAUGUGGUAAAAUUCUAGCAAGUACCUCUGGAUUGCGAGCUCACAUACUAGCCCAUGGAAACCCAAAGUUCUGUUGUGAGAUUUGUGGAAAGUCAACUCAUACUUUAGCUAAGCUUCAGUCACACAAGGCUUCACAUUCUGAUGAAAGACCUUUCUCAUGUGAAGUAUGUGGCCAAUCAUUUAAGCUAAAGUGUACUCUGAAGCAGCAUGCUUUCACUCACAAUGAAAGAAGACAGUUUGUUUGUGAAAUCUGUGGACAUGCUGUCAACCGACAAAGUCACCUAAAGAAUCAUAUGAGAUCACAUCAAGCCAAAGAUUACAAACUGAAGCUUUUACACUCAUGCAGCAAAUGUUCACUUAAGUUCAGUACCAAGAAUAUGUUAAAGAAGCACUGUUUCAGAGUCCAUGGAGAAGGAGAAUGGGGAGAGUUACCUGAAUGCCCAAUAGAUUUAGUGUGUACUAUUUGCAGCGUCAAGUUUCCAACCCCAUCUGAGUAUGGAGCACACAUAAAAGCGUGUGCAAAAGGAUAUAAAUGUGGGUUUUGUGACCGCGUUUUAGCCAGUCAGAGAUCACUUCAAAUUCAUUUACGGGGUCAUACAGGAGAGUGCCCAUUUUCUUGCAAGUUUUGUGAUAAAUUGUUCAAAUCUGAAAUGUCUAGAGAUUUGCAUCAAAGGGUUCAUACAGGAGAAAGGCCUUACCAGUGCCCAAAGUGUGACAAGGCUUUCAGAUCCAUUACAAAUUUAUAUCAACACAAGGCAACCCAUGAUCCAGUCAGGAAAUAUUUAUGUCCCCAUUGUCAGUAUAAGACCCAUCGACCUGCAGCAUUGAGGGUGCACCUCAGAGUUCAUACAGGUGAAAAGCCGUACUCUUGUGAUACUUGUGGAAAGUCCUAUAAAUCCUCUUGGGAUUUGAAACUACACUCUGAAACUCACUUGGGAAUUAGGCGACCAAGGCGAAUUAGAGAAAAGCAGAAAACUAAAAUUCAAAAUUUAGUGCUGACAGAGUCCUCCGAAAGUGUAGACUUAAUUGAUGCUGCAUGUGCUAAUGAGAAUGCUGUAAAGGCUCUUCUUCUUGCUGAUAAUGUAUAAUGCAUGUCCGAGCAUUUGAUUUUCUCUUUUUAAUUAAUUAAAGUGAAUCUAGCUUAGGGGAGAUAUCUGCUCCCAGCCUAUAUGGGUUUACUAUCAGACAGCUGUUCAUUGUCCUUUAAUUUGUACAUUUUUGUACAGCGUAGUUCUCUUUUGUUGAUGUGUUUGUCAGACUUAAGUGAAAAAUAAAACACGUUUAACAGUA